UAUUCCUUGGCAGGCUACCAUGUAUAAUGCUCGGAGUUACUGGACAAGUGUGUGUGCGGUGUGAGGAGAAGUGGUUGCGCAUGCGUCGUUCACAUAGACCGAGCUGCAUGCACAACACCAGGUAGGAUCGAUACUCAUUGUGAGAAAUAAUCAAAACUUCCGUACGGAACGAAGACGUUGUAUCAGAAGAAAACCACACGUGUGUGUAUAAUCGUCACGGCGAAUGAAUACACUUAUACAUGUAGCCGACAGAUCAACCAAAUGUUUUACACACACGUAUACAGCAACGGACACGGAUCUCUACGCCGGCGCAGAUCAUACUACCACUAGAAUUACCUGAUUUAUGGAUGAGAUGAAGCAGUGACACUGACGAAGUGUGGAGCUGUUCUUCAACUGACAGACUGAAGAUGGAACCUACAGCGUGUAACAACGAAAACGGGGUGUCUUUGUUAGGAAACGGUAUACAGACAGAAUCUACGGAGGCUACUAAAACUGGCGGGGCUUUAUAUAAAUACCGGAACAACUCCUCCUAUCGUAGGAAAAUACAGCUCAGUGGGUGUAUUGGGUAUCUUGCAUUCACUUUGGGGUGGGUCAAAGGUCAGGUUGGUCCUUCAUUCCCGGACAUUCUGCAGAUAACCGGCACAGAUCUAGAACGAGGCUCGGCAUUUAUAACGUCAUUCUAUGUUGGGAGGAUUGUUGGAUCUUUGUCAGGUGUCCUGUAUGACAGGUGCAACAAACAUGCAUUCCUGGCAACUGUCUGCAUUGCUAACGGGAUCACCGUGGCACUCAUCCCCUGGUGCUCUAUGUUUGAACUCAUGGUCACCGUAUACCUCUUCCAUGGCGCUUUUGCAGCAGCAAUGGACGUCGGUUCCACAGCGGCCUCUUUUUCAGUGUGGGGUCGAGCAAGCCUCGUGUUUUACCAGGCCUACCAAUUUCUAGUUUCCAUUGGAGGUAUAUUAUCUCCCUUGGUUGUGGCUCCAUUUCUCGGCAAAUCAGCUCAUUUCCCGAUGGGGACAGAUUUUGACGAGUCUAAUGGCGUGAUAGUACAGAAUACAACAUCGUUGAAUAGUUCCAACAGUGUAGAACUGUCGAAUGCAAUUUACACGGUCAUGGCUAAUGUAACGAUGAAUCGUUCAGCUGUUGAUGCAAAGGGCAGCGAACUCCCUAUAGAAGAGUCGAAGUUGUACAUAGCAUAUUGUAUAGCCGCUGUUUUAGUUUCAAUGUCAGGUAUACUUUUCAUUGUUUUCUGUAAAACCCCGAUGGAACCAGAAUCAGAGGAAGAUGAAAUAUUUAUUCAAUCUAAGGAAAAUUCAACCAAGAUGGAAAUUGAAACCACGUCUGAACGGGACUCAAGCAAUAUGGCAAGAAAUUUUGCAAUCUUCAACAUUUGUGUUUUCAGUGGUCUUUACACUGCAGUAGAGCUAGGAAUGGGCAACUUCUUAACAGUGUUUUGUCUGCGACAUAUGAAGUGGUCUAAACUUAACAGCGUGUUUGCUGUUUCCAUAUUUUACUUGCUGUUCAUGGUAGGUCGACUUUUCGGAAUAGUAAUUGUAAAGUUUUUCAAAUCGUUAAAAUUAUUGUGUUUUUCCAUGAUAAUGAGCAUCAUCUCGUUCUCAGUAUUGCUGGUAUGUGCAUACUACUUUUCUGAUAUAGGAGUAUGGAUAUGUACAGGUGCUGCCGGUCUGUCGAUCUCAAUUCUAUUUCCUACUGCAAUUUCAUGGACAAACAAGGCCAUUGCACCCGUUCUUGGAACUGUCUCGACACUAAUAUUUGUGACGUCAUAUGUAGGCCCCUUCAUCAACCCGCCCCUUUUGAGUUUUUUGAUGAAUUCUUAUGAUUAUAUGUGGUUCUGUUAUAUUCUCCUGCUGGAGUGUGUAUUGAUGCUUUUUACGUACCUUGUCAUGGUGUGGCUCGGGAAAAAAAGCAGCCCUCAUCUUGACAUAGUUCACAAGGUAGAAUGUGACAAAUAAUGUAGUAU